AUGGAGGAGAGGGAAGCAGAGAGGUGGGGGGGAGACGCAGAAGGAGGCGAAAUAGAGACGGUUUAAUAGAGAGGUUUAAAAUCCCUGGAAAGAGGACAGAGACGACGGGGGGAUUGUGGAUUACUGCUGUUUCUGACAUGCAGCUGCCAUGUCAUCCUUGUCCUCCUCAGAUUUGAUACCACACAUGACUGCUUAGAUAGGCGGCGGCCAUAUUGUGCUGACGUGUGCUGCUCCCUGCUAUCAAAAUAUGUCUCACUCGAUUUGUCGUUUUUAAGGUGAAGAGUCCGCAUAGAUCUGAUUUAACUCUUAAAUAACACACAACCCUCUGACCACAGGGUAUUAUUUCUGUUGUAGGAUUAAUUCAAGAUGAGAUCGAUUGCAGACAUCAUCCUCAGACUGCGGGGAGUUCCUCAGAUCUUCACCUUUCCCCUGAAAUAGAUCGUAAGAAACAGAUCUUUAUAAACGUACGUCAAAUGACUCCUGGUCCAGUUUGGUUGUAACUCUGUUUUCUAAUACAGGGUCUGUCUGUGUGAAACUCCUGUCCCCAUCAACGCCGUGGCGAACGACAGGUUUCAACACGCCGUCAGAGUCACAGGUGAGUCACACGCAUUGCGCCAAGUCUGAUUAGCUGCACCUGAAUGCUUGGGUCUGAGGUGGAUUUGACUCACCAGAGGAGCGGCCUGGCAGUAAUGUUGUUAUUAGUUAGUGUUAUCAUAACAUCAACAUAGGGCUGGGCAAUAUGGCCUCAAAUCAAUAUCGCGAUUUAUUGAUCAGUUCGCCUUGAUAACAAUCGAUAAUUCCUCCACAAGCUGCUCACCCCAUCCUACAUUGACUUCAGCUUUUGAACUGUCCUCCAUCUCUCAUCUCACCUGUCGUUCCCUCUUUGUUACGGACUGGAUGGGGCGGAGUCACGUCUCUGACGUAGGACAGCGUCUUAAAGGGACAUGAGACCAUAGCCUACCUACACACAUCCAAAACCAACUUUUAUUUAUUUAUUUAUUUUGACACCGAACAUACCGAUACGGGCAAAAUGACGCUGGUUAUUGUCAUAAAUUUCUGCAUCGGUAACAUCAAUAUCAACAUGCAAAUUCGUUAACAAGUCGUGAUUGACAGGUGAACACAAUUUUAAUACGAAUUAAGACUAUACAAAUGUUUUCAACCGUUUUAUAUUCAAUAUGUUUAAAGUGGGGUGUCUCAAUAGGAUAUUGAUAUCAGUCUGAUGGCAAUACAGGAUAUUAGUCUGAUAUCAGAUUAUAUCGGCCUGCAUGUAAAAUCUCUGAUGUCAGCACACCGAUACAAGCAGUCCUUUCCAAACUAGGGGUGUCCUGAUACGAUAUUGAUAUCGGUCUGAUAUCAACAAAAGAAACAAAUAUCGGAUUAUAAAUCGGCCUGCAUCUAAAAUUUCCGAUAUCAGCAUACCGAUACAAGCAUUCCAUUCUAGACUCCGCUCUGGCACCUCUAUCUAGCAACACCCAGAUCCAGCAAAAUUACAACAACACUGUGUACUAAGGUACGAACAAAGUACCAAGAAGUAGGAGUGAUGUCGGCCGUGUGGUAGUAAAAGAUGUUGCAGAUGAGUAAAAAACUGAUAUUGGAUCAAUAUCAGUUUCAGUCAAUACAGAAGGCUACAAUAUCGGUAUCGCAUUAAAAGUCAACCCUAGUUUAAAGGAUGGAGGUGGUUAUAAAAGCUAUAAAACAGCUUUUCUAACUCUCUCUUGUUUGCUGACGUUAGCACCACAGCGCGUCUGUUAGCGACUUGAAUGUUGAGGGUAAUGUAAGGCAUUAGAGGAACACUGAAUCGGGGUCAAACGCUGUCAGUUACACUUUGAAUCAACAUACGACUACUUUUUUUUUAGUCUGCAGCUUGUCAGGGAGCUGAUCUUUGAGCCACAGGGUACAGAAGCGAAUAAAGUUGAAUUCCUGGAGCUUUAAAUAAGAGACAAAAGGUCUCCCAUGCAGAUUCGUACGUCAAAUACAAAAAUAAAAAUGUUCUUUUCUCUAUAAUUACACCAGAGACCACAAAGAGGCACUUGUUUCUAUAUUGCUGUGUGAUCCCUCCAGAAACCCCAACUUUUAUCACCGCCGAUGUUUUACAGCAAAGACAUUCUUCAGCUAAACCUCCUCUGAACCUAUUCCUGGAGAUGUGAUUUUUAGACGUUUUUGAGCAAACAAUACAGGAGCGAAAAAUGUCAGUACAACACGCGGUUGUUUCAGGCAUUAAAAAGGCUGAGGCGUAUGUGUUUUCUGAGAACGGUACAAAUCCCCGCGUUUCACCUUAUUUGGAGAAACUCUUGCGCUGCACAGGCCUCCCCAUCAUACGUCGUUGAGUAACUGCGCAGACAAUGGAGGAAUGACACAGCACUGACUUGUUUUAAACAGCCAGCUGGUUAGGAGUAAAAGUUAAAGGGCCCGUGAGACGGGAACUUACAAGAGAUCAUCGGAGAGAGAACAGAAGAGGAGAAAAAUAGACAGAUGCCAGGAAGGAGCGGGUCUCGGGGUCACGCGAAAGAUGGGCCUGAUCCCACCUCCAAUCCCUGCAGCUUUUCUUUUGUUUGAAGUCACAUCUGGGCUAAAUUUCCCCUCCUGACUCGAGUGAAGAGGAAGUCUUCUGGGUGGGUGGACGGGGGGCUCAGGGCCGCUCCUGCCUCCCAGGCUAAACUGUACAAAUACUGUAGAUCCAUGAGUCACUAAAGAACCGGCAUUUAACCAAACCCCGAUUCGGGGCUCACGGCGUUGGAUCCGAGAAGGCUACUGGAAUGACACACACGCCUUAUCAGCAGAGACACAUGUGAGCGAGAUUAGGUUUGAUGGAGUCGGCGUCUUUAACGGCUUCAAACAGAGGAGGGUCAGUGUAAACACGGAGGAGCAACAGUUAUCUCAACUCUGACUUCAUUAGUCCCAAAGGUUCCCCCUCUUUGUCAGGAGGAAAGCCCAUCUCUGUCUGCUCGUUAUUCCGCUGAUCAGCAGAACGUGUUUACGUUUACCUCGGCCAAAGUUCAGCGGCUCCCAACCUGGAGGUCAAACCCCAACAAGGGGUCGCGAGAGGAAUCCGAGGGGUCACAAGAUGAUUAAAGGGGAAGGAAAUAAGAAAGAAAAUCCAAUUUUGAAGCUCUUUUUUUCUGGAUUCUCUCUGAUAGUCUUUUUAUUUCAUCUUUCUUUAGGCCUGAAAAUAGUGGAUAUAUAAGGAAGAAUCACUAUUUCAUAAACAAACUAUGCAUUUAACGUGCCUGUACUAUAUUCAAGUUUGACUGUAAGUAAAUACAAUUAAAGGAGAAAAUGAAAUCUGUAGCGCCAGAGUGAAAAACUGUUUUCAGCUUCAUAAAAACAACAUUAAAGCUACUAUAAGGAGUUUUAAGGCGAUAUUAAAUAGACUGAAAUUCGUGUUGCUGAUUUAAAGGAGAAGGAAAUGAGAAAGAAGAUCCAAUUUUGAAGCUCUUUUUUUUCUGUCUCCAAUAAUCUUUUUAUUUCACCUUUUUUUUAGGCAUGAAAAUGGUAAGGAGUUAAAAAAAUAGUUACUGCUUUGUAAUCAGGGUCCACGAUAAAGGGGAAAACCACUAUUUGAUAAAUGCUUUGUUAAAAGACAAUCUAUGCAUUAAAUAUGCCUGUACUAUAUCCAAGUUUAACUGUAACUAGAUACAAGUAAAGGAGAAAAUGAAAUCUGUAAGGGCAGAGUGAAAAACUGUUUUCGGCUUGUCAUAAAACAACAUUAAAUCUACUAAAAGGAGUUUUAAGGCGAUAUUAAAUGGACUGAAAUUGGUAUUGUUGGCUCAAAGGGGAAGUUAAUAAGAAAGAAAUUUUAAUUUUUAACUCUUCUUUUCUGGGUUGUCUCCAAUAGUCUUUUCAUUUGACCUUUUUUAGGCAUGAAAAUAGUGAGGCGUUAAUGAAAGGGGAGAACCACUAUUUAAUAAAUGUUAUGUUAAAAGACAUAAUCUAUGCAUUAAACAUUCCUGUACUAUAUUCAAGUUUGACUGUGAGUAAAUACAAGUAUAAGAGAAAAUGAAAUUUGUAACACCAGAGUUAAAAAACUGUUUCAGCUUCAUAAAAACAACAUUAAAGCUACUAUAAGGAGUUUUAAGGCGGUAUUAAAUAGACCUCAAUUCGUAUUUUUGCCUUUUUAUGACUUUUUGAUCACACAAAUUACACAUAUCGAGGCCAAAACAGCAGAAAAAAAAACACUUUUUCGACUUGAGGCGUCACAACAAAGAGGACCAAAAGUUCCUCACAGGAGCUUUAAAGGUCCUGUGAGGAACUUUUAAUGAUCGGGGAUGCGUCUCUAUGAUUUACAAGAGCAAUGAGACGAUAAAGGUUGACCUCACAAUUACUUUCCCUGCAGCUCCUUUGGUAAACUUUGUAUUUAUUGUGUUACUCUGAACAGUAAAUCUUCCUGUACAUUAUAAACUGCAGACGUCGUGUGUUUUGGGAGGGGUUCCCAGAGGUGGAAGUGUUUAACCUGUCUUCUUAGACUUCCAUUACCUUCAACAACAAGCACUUUCUAUGCAGGUGGUGUCUGGUACCAUCUGUUUAUGCCACCCUGCCAGCUUCCCAUACUGUAAUUGGGAGGUAGCAGUAUUGGAAAUAGCUGGGAGGUAUAUGGGCAGAUAUACAGCCUGGGACAAGUUGGCUGAGUCGGACAUCGUUUCCUCUUUACCGUUAACUUAAUUCGCAAACCUGAUCUUCACAAGGUUUAUGCACUUGAUAGUAAACUACCAAAUCACCUCUGACUUUUUCAAUCACCAGAAAGUCGCUCUUGUACAUCAAAUUUUUAAGCUGUGUCAUUUAUUUUACGAGCCAAAUCUCCCGCUCGUAAAUUAUAAACAAAUGCCAAAAUUUCUCUGUGUUUCUCAAACUGAAUUAAAUGAAAGUUUGAGCUCUGAACCGUUCGCUCAUAUCCCGCUGGAAUUUUUCACAGAAGCUGCUCCUUUCAACACGUAAACAAUCGCUGUUGAGGGUAAAUACAAGAGUUUAAAUGAGAGAGAUGAAAUGCAUAUUCGGGGAGUGAAGGAGUAACAGCUGGGUUACGUACAAUAAAAAGACACUCAGAUGAAAGAAAAAAACAACAGUAACUUUUUUUUUUUUUUCUCUCCUCUCUAAAUAAUGAAAACCACCCAGUCUGGUCCAUGCCUCAGUGAAUUACUAUGUCUCCACCGUGCACAGCUCUGUAAGCAGCAGCUUGAUUUGAUCAGGCCCUCACAGCUGCGGACAGCUGUUUAAAGGCUCAGCCGCUGCUUGAAUGACAAUCUGUGUUUAUCUUCGGCUUUCCCCUCCAACUAAUUAACUAAGCCCUGAAACACCAAAACACCACGGUCCCCUGAACCCUUCUUCUUCUUCUUCUCCUCGCUGACAGCUUCUCCCUGCAGCUGAUUUAUUAUUGCAUGAUUUCAAAUCGGUGCCGAGCGCGGAGGGCGCCUCACAACAGUUUACACUCACAUGACCAGAGACACUUAUUAAUUACCCGAUUUUAAUUAGAGAUAAUUACAAUGCAGGGCGCGUAAUGACGCUUCGUAUAGAUGGCGGUAAUUCUAACCCUUUAUUUAGUCAAUGGUGAAUAAAAUAAAGUGAUAAUUACUGUUAUCAGAGUUAUUGUUAUCUUAAUUUUUCCAUUUAGCGACUCAGCGGGAGGCGCCGCAGAGGUUGUUCAUUGUCUUUUCCCCGUCUUGCACCCUUGUGUCUCUUCACUCCCGGAUGAAAUACUUUGCCAAUCUUUAUUCCUCAUGGAAAAAUUUUAAUUGCCCGGGAAGCGUGGAGACGUUUUAGCUCUCAGCGUGGCCGAAAAGCAUACAUCACAGUGUCUUGGCUUGAAAGGCUUGUAUUAUCUGCUCCAGCCCUCCCCUGUUGUCUCACGGCGUGAGAAAUCCCCUUGAUGCAUGAGGCAGGAAUUCGGAUAAAUCCAGAUUACAUCAGGAGCCAGGUGAAACAGCUUACGAAACAGACAGCUAAAAAUAUAAUUACAGCGUCAGACACCGCUAAGCUACACUCUUUAAUCCUGUGCCAUACUGAUGCCAUUGCUUGUCUUUUCCUAUCAAGUGUUGUAAUUUAAUAUUCCUCAUCCCCCAGACUCUAUAUACAUAUCUCCCCACUGGUUAAUUCAUCAUCAUCAGAAUCUUUUUUCGUCUUAUUUAUUCUCCUAACAAUCACAGUAUUAGGCUUGGCGGGCUUUACUGUAACUUAAUGCGUGACGGUAUUAAAGCCUGGCGUGUGUUCAUCCGCGCUCAUUUGGGGUUAUUGCUCACGAGUUGAAAUAAAACUCUCCACAAAAAAAAAAAGAAAGAAAUGCCCCGGAGACGCACAGAUGCAGAUGAGGCUGCCGGGGUUUCCUUUUUUCUUUUUUCCCCCGUCACGUGCUGACAGCGUCUGUACUUUAUCUUUAGUUUACAAGAUCCUCCAGCGUCGCUCGCCAUGUCGUGAAAAUCAUAAAUGAGGUUUUCGCUAAAUAGCGUUUUUUGCCCCAUAUGGUUUUGCUGAGGCGGUAGCCCCCUUUAAAACAAUCUGCGGUUCCAUCUGGUCACUGUGGUUUUUGCCCCCUCGCCGGUUUGUCCCUCCCCUCGCUUUCACUCGCUGCCGCAGCACGCCGCCCCACUUGGAGGAGAACAUCCUGAGGGUGUCUCUAGGUGGACGCCUACGCUCGAAUCGGCGCUCCUCUCCGGGUGCUUCUGGGACUGCUGUCAAAUCAGAGCGCCUCGCUUCGACUUUACCGGCCUCGUCUUUGAGAGAGAACAAAAGAGGCUUGGAGGGGAGGGGGGACAGCAGAGAGGGGAUGAGUUUGGUGUGAGCUGUAAUGUUCGGCGUAUCGAUUCAGAGGGAUCUGCUUUCAUUGCUCAUCCCUCACCGAGCGGCGGAUCACUCUUCCUCUCUCGCUCAGGUGGCAUGGGGCCCAACCCUGGCGCCUGCCACCCUGCCCAGAUUAAUUGAAGCAUGCUGUUGUAAAUGAAUCACAUAUGGCUAAUAUCUCCCUGCUUUUCCCUCUCCUGCUCACGCUAGCGUCACCUAUCCUCGUUCGGGAGCUAUUUCUGGAACAGGCCACCUCACUCACGUCUCUUUUUCCCGUCUUAUUUAAGGAAGGAGCGAGGACAGAGAAAGUGUAAAGGUAGCCGUGGUCAGCGCUCAUUGCUUUAAGUUCACUUUAAGAUUCAUGACUUUCCCUUUUGGUUUUUUUUCAUUUGUCUCUUUCCACAGUCCACUCUUUGCUCUUAACGUAGCAUGAAGCAGAUUAAUCGCGCUGUCGUACGAAAGGUAGGAAUAAGCCGGCGCACCUGUCCCUGAUGCCACCUAGCAUUAAGAUGAAUGCAUCAUAGCUUUGCUCUUUAUUAGUUAUUUAUAAGACCCACUGCCCAGAAUAACAGCACUAAAAGAGGGGGGACAGAGCGAAGAGUCGCCGGCGGCGCGUUUUGGCACCGACACUUACAAGGAAGCAAAAUGUAAGCGUGAUAAAUGUUGACCAAAGUGACAUUAACAACACAUCCUGCCAGGUGGCGAGAGCCGGUUUUAUGUCAACACAGUGUGCUUGUCAUGCAGGACAUGGAGGGAAAAAAAACACGCAGGAGGAGGACGUGUUUGUGUAAAUAAAUCUUCGCUUACGUAACAGACGAAAAAAGAGACAUUCAAAAAAAUUCUAAUAUUUAAAAAAAAAACAGUUAUAUGAAGAAACAGUUAGGAAUCGAUAGCAAUAUGCCAUGUUUGUUUGCAUAAUCAGUCUAUUUUCUAAAACUUAAAGCUCCUGUGAGGUGUUUUUAAUAUUUAUGAAAUAGACUGAAAUUUAAAUUGAUGCCAAAAGACCAAAAACAACAAGAUUGAUGAUUUUAAUAUCACAAAUUUCAAUGCCAAAAACUGGCGGCAAAAAAAAGUGGGUUUUCCCAAUUUCCACUUAAAUUAUUCUGAAUCCAUGAUAUAUUUGGCUGUAAAGUCAGCAGGAUAAGGAUUUUUUUUUCUCUAUAUAAGAUAAACAAAGACUUUUUUAUCCACAGAGGGCACCAAAACAAACAGAAAACAAAAGUUUAAAAAAGAACUAUUCAUUACUUUGAUUUGCCAAGGAUUCAUUUAGUUGGAAUAAGUAUUAUUUUUAUUGCUUUCAGUGCUUCUAAAGAGGAAAAGAAACAGAAAAAAGUACCAGAGGGAACCACACUGUCACUCCAAUCCACCUUCUUUUCAGAUCCAUGCAGGGAAAAAUGAUCCCAUAUCAAUAUUUUCACCGUGUAAUUAAAGAGACUCAGAAGACAAAUAAAGAAGCUGUUAGAAUGAAAUGAAAUACGAUAAAUAAUCUGAAUGAAAACUGUUUUGUUGAAGGAUUUUGUGAGACAGAGCUGUGAAAGUGUAUUAAAGCUCUUAUUUCUAAAUUAAAGGUUAUGUAGAGCGAGUGGGUGGCUAUACAGAAAUUAAAUUAUACAAUCAAACUGACACUAUGUAGUGAUUUAAAGAUAAUUUUACUUAUUAAAUACAUAUAUAAAAAUAGUCAUUUGAACAGUUUAAAAGCCCUUCAGCUCCAGUAGGAAGUAGUCAUGGCAGCUUAGUUCUUAUCAUCUUACUUGUGGCUCAAAUCACCACUUAACUCUCCAUGAUUACAAACCUACCUACCUACCUACCUACCUACCUACCUACCUACCUACCUACCUACCUACCUACCCAUCCACCCUACUACCUACCUACCUACCUACCCAUCCACCCUACUACCUACCUACCUACCUACCCACCUACCUACCUACCCAUCCACCCUACUACCUACCUACCUACCUACCCAUCCACCCUACUACCUACCUACCUACCUACCCACCUACCUACCUACCUACCUACCUACCUACCUACCUACCUACCUACCCACCCACCCACCCACUUAUCCACCUACCUACCUACCAACCUACUGUAAUCUAAUCCAUUCUAUUUAAUCUAAUCUAAUCUAAUCUAAUCUAAUCUAUCCCAUCUAAUCUAAUCUAAUCUAUCCCACCUAAUCUAUCCCAUCUAAUCUAUCCCAUCUAAUGUAAUCCCAUCUAAUUUUAUAAUAUCUAAUCUAUCCUAUUCUAUUUUAUCUAAUAUAUCCUAUAUAAUCUAAUCUAAUCUAUUUUAUCUAGUCUUAUAUAUCCUAUAUAAUCUAAUCUAAUCUAUUUUAUCUAGUCUUAUCUAUCCUAUCUAAUCUAAUCUAAUUUAAUCUAAUCUAUCCUAUUUAAUGUAAUCUAAUCUAUCCUUUCUAAUCUAAUCUAAUUUAAUCUAAUCUAUCCUAUUGUAUGUAAUCUAAUCUAUUCUAUCUAAUCUAAUUUAAUUUAAUCUAACCUAUCCUAUCUAAUCUAUCAAUCAAUCUUAAAAAAUAUAUACAUAUCCUCCAUGUUGGUUACUGAUGCCGUUGGAAACUGGUGAUUUUCUGGCUGUUGCUAUGCAGAAUUAAUUCCUGUUAAAGGUUUCAACCAAUCAGAAUCGAGGGUUGAACACAGCUGGGUAAUUCAAGCUAAAAUCAGACUUCUAAUAUUCUCACACUUUUAAUAUCUUUAGACUGAAACCAGCUGUUUUAUCGUAUAGCAAGUUCACCACGAAGCAAGCUAAUAUUUUAUGUCUUUAUCUGAGUAAAACACAAAGUUUAGAGGGGUACUGAAUCUGUUUAAUCAUUGAGAUAUUUCACCAAAGAAGAGGACCGAACAACAGAACAAAGCACCCAAAUAUUAAGGGUUGUGAACAGCUACAGAAAAAAAACAUGCCAAGCUUAAAGAAAACAAUAAAUCCACAAACUUCCUCCAACAUAAAAGUUUCUUCUCGAUGUGAGAACUUUUUCCAGCAGCUGUAAAAACCAUUACAGGAAGUACAGAUUGGUUUAUGUCACUUGUGGGAUUAUUUUGUUCCUGCUGCAGACAAAUCGAGUUCUGUGACACUCCGGAGGCAUUUAAAGCCUCUGAGUUAAUAUCUAAACUGGCCGGUGGUCUGAUAGUUAACAAGAACAGGGUCUCUCUGACAAAGCCUCUGUGGCCUCGCCGGUCCCCUGUUAUCUUUAGAUAGAUCAGGGUGGAUUCUCUGACUUGGCAGAGCCCCUGAUUGCAUGGUUAGAAAUCCAAGUGCUGGAUGUAUCAGGUUUGAUAUGAAUAUUAUGCGGUUUGCUCAGGGGGACAAUUCCAUUUGUGAGACCUCCCCUCUUUUUUGUCUGAACCCUUUCCGAUUGUCACUUUGCAUUUUCCCCACGAGGUAAAGCUUUUAAACAAUCGCGAUAAUGGAAAGCAUGCUUCGGCGGUGACACCGCUAUGAUUUAUAUCAAAGCCAUCUGGAAAAUAAAAAGUCCUGCCUCGUCUUUUUAAAAGCGCGUUUGGGUUCUUUAAAAAAUCCUGCUCCUUGAGUUUCCACAUUACAUCCCGCGCUGAGGGGGCAAGAGUGGAUAAGCUCAUGCAAAUGUUCUGUGCGAUUGCACUUCAAACGCGGCGAGGAUGACAACGUUAAAUUUAGCUGCAGCAGACGAAGCCCUUGUCUAUCAUUGCGGUUGCGUUCAUCCCCGCACGCCCUCACAUUUCCUGAUCUAUCUACAAAAACAGAUGUUAACAACACGGCCCUUUAUGAGGCUUACACUCGAACGCCUCGACCUGUUUUUUAUUAAACACCCUCCUGAUGUAUGUAACUCUUACUCUCAGCGUGCACCGCCCACACGCAUUUGUCACGUCGAGCCACUUGUUCGACCCACUGUUGUGAUUAAUUGUGCGGUUCUGCACAGAUUCACCGUGAUAGUCCCUGCUGUCAAAGAGCGAGUGUGCGGCCUGGCUGCACUACAUCCACCGCGGUCUGCAGUGAUUGAACAAAUAUACGAGAGGGAGAGCAAGCGCACGCUGGAGCGGCGGGGUUUGUAGGUGCUUAUUCGGCACACUGAACCUCUUUGUUCUCCCUCCGACCUUCAUGCAGACACUUUUAUUUGACAACGAGGUGUGCCCUGCAACAGCCGAUUGGAUAUGAUGUCCCUAUGCAGCCGCCAGGGGUUGUGAUUAUGACCGCCAUAAAACAGCCUCGGCUCCAUCUCUCUGGUGUAUAAGAGGAGCUAAACAAUAGCCUGGCACAUGUGCAAAAUAAGAAGACGGAGGGAAUGGCAAAAAUCCCCCCUUGUGUUAUUUGAAACUGUUAAGAGCUAGCAGGUAUUUCUCAUGACUAUCUGCUUUCCCCUGGGUAUCAGGUAUCUGCGGGGAGAGUCUCCGAAUGCCUCAGAAAGGUAGGAGGAAUGCAGAGACUGCACAUGGAAGCAUUUUAGACGAGUGCAAAACAGGCGGCCGCUAGAGAGAUGUAAGACGAAACAUUGCUCAAUGUCCUCUUCAAUGUAUCUCUUGGAAAGAGAGUGUUAACACAUGUUCCAUUCCCAGGCUAUCUCGCCUUCGAUGUGUGUGUCAGCGCGUGUGUGUGUGUGUGUGUGUGUGUGUCUGGGGUUGCAGAAUAGUAACUGCCGUGUCAUAGCGGGGGUUGUGUAGAAAUACGCCCCUGGGACUUCAGCUUUGGCUCCGGUCCAGCCCUACUGAUACGUUAACAAGAAGAACUUGUUCUUAUCAAUGGGGUGCUUUAUUCCUGCUGUACACACACACACGCACACAUACACAUGCAUGGACACACACACUCACAGAGAGAGACACACACACAAAUGAGACACAGACAGAAAUGCAAACAUCAAAGAUUCCAAUAAACUCCCCGGUCACACAUUUACACACAAUUGAGUGACAGAUAAACACACACAGUACAAACAUGAACACACACACGCACAGCUCAGAGACAGACACGCACACAAAGCAGUCUGAGAAACCAAUAAACACACACGGAGAUGGACGGAAACACACACAGUUACAGCCUGCAGGUACAAAAGCAGUGCUGACAUCAGGAAUGCUGCUCAAGAUCCUCAUCGACACACACACACACACUUACACAAUACAACACACUCACACAAUACAACACACUCACACACACACUACCUGAUUGUUAUUAUUUCUAGAAAGAGGAAACUGAAUCUUUCAACCAGAAGGGAUUAUGCAAAAAAAAAUCCAGGGAAGAAAAAGAGAGAGAGAAAAAGAGAGAGAGUCUGUUAGGCGACUGUACGACUGGCCGAUGGCAAUCCUGUUUCCUUUUUAAUGCUUCAGAAACAAAUGACUGUAGUGUGUUUUUUUUCCUCUGAGUGAGGCCAAGAUUCUGGAGCUAGAAGUAACCAAGUUUGUGGAAUCACUCCCAGCAAAGACCAGCUCAAGACUUGGUUUGAUAAUCCGCUCUGACAGGUGUUUUGUUGAUCAGUUUUCAGGGUAACGUGGCGCACCUUUGGCAAAAGACUCUGCCGAGCUCUUUGGUAUGACAGGAGCUGCUGCAGUUUUAGUUUUUGCUGCAGCGGGUGCGACAUGCGUCUUUUGGCGCUCAUAAUAGAGUUUGGCGUGUUUCAUCUUUAGGUGAUGGUAGAAGUUGCUGGUGUUUCCACCUCCGACACUCUUUGCAUGGUAUUGUUUUUUUGGUCAUUCUCGGAUUUUCUAGAUCCGAAGACUCUCCAGACAACCGAUGUCGCGACUCACGCCCUUUUUCUUAACGAGUUCCUCCUCCUCUUCCUCCUGAAGCUGUUUCUUCUUCGUCGAAACUAUGCCAAGCAGUCUGCUGGACACACUGUUGAUUAUAGGAAGCGCACCAAAACUUGACCAAUUAAACACACCCAAACGGAUGCACUCGCAGACAACUGGUAUAAACGGUAUAGCAAGAUUUCUACCGGUAGAGACUUUCAUACCGUCACACGAUAUAUACAGUCGUACCGCCCAACACUAAGGCCACGUUCAUACUGCAGAUUAUGAUGCACAAUCCAAUCUUUUUGUGCGGUCGUUCACAUUACAACAAUGAAUGCGGCAUCUAAUGUGAACGUAAUGCGCCCGUGAAGUGACCCGCAUGCACACAAAUCACAAAUUGCUUUCCGCGCCUGUUUGUGUGGUCGAACAAUGGUGACGUUUGUCGCAUAUUGAUGACGUAAAGGUUGGAUGAAUGCGCCUGAGCGUCCACACUGCAGUCACAUCAGACACAAAUCUGAUUUAUAUCCACAUACAAAAGAGGCCUGGGUCGGAUUUGAACAAAUCAGAAUUGCACUGUUCACACUGACAUGAAAAAAUCAGAUAUGUGUCACAUAUGGUUAAAAAAUCGGAAUUGACCUGCAGUGUGGACAUAGCCUAUGUGACCGUAUUUAUAAACCAGCUCAAGACUCUGUUUGAUAAUCCACUCUGACAGGUGUUUUGACUAUCACUUCUCUCCUCUAUCAUCUCCUUGUAAAUUUAGCAUCAGUUCAUUAGCGUCCACCAUGCACUGAUGGAAGUAUCCGCCUCUAAUCUGUCCAUUAAAGCCUCCUUCCUCUAUGCUCACCAACUACUUCUAACUAGUCAUCUCCAGAAUGAAAGCUCUCUGCUGCUGCUGCUCGGCUGUAAACAUAGUCAUUUGGCCCCAUUGUUAAUAAUAAAAUAUUGAUCGGUGCAGCCUUAAGACAGCGUUCUCGCCGGGCUCGGUGCCAUUUCCAGAUGCUUCAUGUGUUGCCAAGGAGGAAGUGAGUCCUGAAAGGCUGAAAUCCGGCAACGAGGAGUCUCUCACAGAUAACAUGAAAGACUUGAGCUUUAUUGGCUUGCAUACACAGAAAAGUUUAUCCAGCUCUUUUGGGUUACUUUAAGGUAAUUCUCCGAGGAAGAUAAACAGCGAGGUCUUGUUGAGGAGUGUGAAAACGCUGAAGAAAGAGCUGAAAGGAGUCAAGUCUGAGCUCACUGAUUGUAAUGGCUGAUACUCGUGGAAAAAAGAGAGGAGGAUAGAGCACACGAUCUGUCCCGCUCAACUCUCAGCGUGGCCUCUGAAUGAAAAGGCUUUCUGUCAGAAUUUAAUAAUAAACAGCAAAAAGGAAGGAGUCCUUCUCCUCCGCAGACCUUUCACACUUCUUCAAUCCUCUGCAAUUUGCCCACUUCACUCAUGCCAACAAAAGCCUUCCCUUUUUCCACCUUGAACUGCAGCACACGUGCCAUGUAAACACACAUAUACAGCACAUGUACGAUACAGCUCCCUCCUUCCAUCGAGGCUGAGUGCUGCGUUACUCACUCUACAUCAUGAGGCCAAACAAAGAGUACAGGUCUAUGUAGGGUCAAGGUGUUAAUACUUGGUUUCACCCCGAGCGCGCUAUUUUCUACGGGAAAGGUCUAAAAGCUUUCACUGUCUGCUCUGCCGCAGGUUUUCGCCUCAAAUCCCGGAAGUCACAAGAUCCUGUUGGUUUGAGAAACACCCGUUAAAAUCCGCCCGAACAUAAAGACUCUCUUGAAACACUCCAUCAUACGGCUGAAGCACGUUUUCCUUUAAAAUACACAGUGUCAGCUCCUUUGUUCGUAAGGUAUAUCUCGAUGUGAAUACUACAACCCACUAAGUGUCUAUUGGCAAUUACAGCUGUAAAAAGUCACAUAUAUGAAAAAUACUCACAUUAACUCAAAUGAUGGAUUCAAUCGGACAUUUACCACCAAGAGAUUUCUUUUCCAGCAGAAGUCUGCUUUCUGGGAGGUAGAGUAUACAACAUCAUAGUUUUCACUGUGGGAAAUACAGCGCUGUGUUUCUUCUCCACUACCUAAAGUAUCUGGUUUCUUGACGUAUAAAAGAUGAUAUUUGUCUCGCCGAUGUCCACAUUUAUCCCGCAGAGACAGUAAACAGAAAAACAGAGAAACUAAAUGGAUUGUUGACACAAAAACACUCCUCCACGCCGGGCGAGGAAGCUUGUUUUCUCUCAUGAAAGAGUACAAAAAGGUCAAUAUUUCUAGGGUUGUUUAUCUUAGCUGCUAGUUUUGAACCGGUUACUUUUGUUGGCUAUAGUACUGUGAGAGCGUCUGUGUUUAUAACCAGAACUGAUAUAACUGAAAAUGUAGAUAUUUGCAUAGAUAAGAUGCAUUUAAUGAUAAACAGUAGGCUAAUAUUAGCGUAAUCUUUGGCUGUUAGCUUAAUCUGGGUAUAGUGGUCACCCUUAGCCAAAAAUACGACCAGUUAUGAGAGUUUUGGCUCUUAGUUUUCUUGAGCAUUUAUUUUGGUUUAAAAGCUACUUGCCCAUAAAAUUAACUUAUCGUUUUUAAUUGUUGCCUAACUUAAAAAUCAGGUCAUGCUCGCUAACCGCUAAUAUUAGCCAUAUGUGAGUCUAAAUUUAGCAACGAGCAUGCUUUGUUCACAGUGGAAGGAUGUGUUUUCCAUGAUCCAUGAGCACUGUCGCUUGAGUUAAGCUAAUGUUAGCUGUCAACGUCAGGAAAUGCGUGUACUGUUAAACUAUACCUUAUUAAUCUAUAAUCUUUCAUAUUGUAAUUAUGUGUUAAAGCUCCUGUGAGGGAAUUUAAAACUGGUUAUGCUACAAUCUGGAAUAAAUAAUGACGCCUCUUUAAAGUCACAAAAGCAAACCCGACCAUUAAAAAUAACACGGACUACUUUCAUAUCGUUAACCAAUUAAAAUAAUGGCCUAUGUCAUUUUUGAGGAAAAUUAGUUUUUGGCCUUUAUCAUCUCUUGAGUUGAAUUAGAGAUGAUUUAGGUCAAAACUCAUUUUCGUCAAAAAAUGACUCGGGCCAUUAUUUUAAUUGGGUGACGAUAUCGUACUUUUAAAUGCCAUUGUGAGGGGGAGGAGUCAGACGGCGCCGUAAGGCACGCUAACAAAUGUGACCUCAACGGCAAAAAUACAUGGAACGAUCCUUUUUUUCAAGAAAACUCAACUUACUGAAUUAAAACAAAAUCAGCUAGAAUAUAAGAGGUACUGCUUUGUCCACAGGGGGCGCCAUAAUCAAAGCGUUUGACAUUGAUUUUUAAAACUGAUAAGUAAAGGCAGUUUAAAGGUGUCGUAGUGUGCAGAAAUACGAUAUUAUUGAUAGCUAGUGUCUAAGUAUGGCGGCCUUAGAGGGACAAGAAGCACAGUUGAUGCAAUUUAACCACUAUCUUCUUCUUUUGCACGGCCUCUCACUGUUCUCGCAGAUAAAAACCCAGCAUUGUAAUAACUUUAAUAAACCAAAAAGGCAAACAAAUAACAGAUAAAACUUUAUUUUUUACCGUCUUAAUCAUCCUCUCUUUGUUCUGCUCUCCUCCUUUACACUCGGGCUCCUGACUGUGACUCUAAUGUUUAUUAGCUUUAGUCAGCCUGAUAAAGGAUUAGUUUACAAGAUAUUAAAUGUCAUGUUUAUAAUUACAAGUGCUUUGGGGAUAUUAAAACAGAUUCACAGGCCAAAUUUAUGCAUCUGAGCUCAACUGUUUAUUUCUGUGAUGAUUUAAAACCGAGCUAAUUUCAUCCUGAAAACACUCACUGAAAAUGUAACAUUGCUUGUGAGCACCUCAUCUUAAACUUUAAAGGCGCUGCUGUUUUCUCGGCUUAAAUUUGAAGAUGGAUUUGGAGAUGGAUGGACAAGGUUGAAAAGAGUCAAAGUCCUCUAAAGCUUUAGCGAAGGUAACUUGUCACCUCCUUUAUGUCUGGUGCUUAUGGGAAAAAUUCCCCCCAAAGUCCGCUCUCCCUUGAAACAGUUUAGCGAUCGCUGCAGCCAAGUCAAUAAAUAGGAACACAUAAUUUCUCUUUUUUUUUCUUCCCCUCCUCUCUCCGCUCGGCUCCCACCGCUCCCCUCCUCUGCGUGCGAUCCAAUUUCAGCCUGGCGGAGGUGAUCCUUCCUCGGGGCGCGUUCGGAUGGAGGCCGCUGGGCCGUUUACACAGCAGAGUGAGAAUGAGGGAUUUCUAAUGACUCUGCACUCUGAUAGUCUUGCAGUGGUGCCCAAGGCCUCUCGCCAAGGACCUUCCAACUCGACACAACUACUCAUCAGCCGGGCCCAUAAUUCUAAAAGUAUAGGCAGAGCGUGUGGGGGCCUCUGAGUCCAGGAAGGCCGGCCGCCGCGAGUGUUAACAGAUGCUGAUUUAAGAUUUUUUUUCAGCCAUCUCGUUCCUCCGAAGAGCCUCACUGGACCGGGAAUGGUUUUAAAUUUAUCAAGUUUAUCAUCAAAGUUGUUCUGUUGAAUUAACUACGCAUAUUUAUCAUUGAUGGUUAUUUUUUUGUUCGAACAUUUCAAAUUUAAAUCCGAGAUGUCCAGAGGGGGGGAGAUUUGAGUUUUUACCUUGUUAAUGCAAAUAUAAUCCAUGAAUAACGAGCGCCGUGUCAGAAUUAUUAAUGGUUCUUUAUAACAGACUAAUUAGUGUGGAAGCUGUCCUGCGGUUUCAAGUAACCUCAAAGAUUUUUAAUCAUUUUUCGGCGAGGGCGAAGCUGCGUGAUCGUCUGAAUCCUCGAAGUAAAAGUGACGUCCGCCAGGAUAAAUCAUCAACUUUCUCCGCGUCUCUCCAAGUCGUCGCAGGCAGAUCGAAACACAACGUGGUUAUUUUCCCCAAAUAUUCCUCCGCUCUUUUCGUCCCGUAAUAACUUUUCAUAACCUUGGAAGUAUUUCACGCGAAUAAGAACCCUUCCACUUGUUUAAAGAUUAAAUAAUUUUCACUCUUACUCAAAGUUUUCAUUAUUUUCUUUCUCCUUUUUCUUCGGGGCAGCUCUUCAUUACGAGGCGGUCUUCUCUGUAAACUUCCAGUGAGGUUAAGAGACCAGAAGUUUUCAUUCUUUAGAUUAAUUUUGCACAUUGUUUUUGUUGUAUUAACUUCUGUUUAGUCUCCAAGCGAUCCAGAAGUAAAAACUAUCAAAUGGAGCUCGGUUUGUAAUGAUGGGCUGUGGUUUUCGCAUUGACAACUUUGGCUGUCAUUGAUAUAUUUGCAGACAGCUCACUGUUUUCACUCUGCUAAACACUUACCAUCACCUGUCAAUCAUUUUAAUGCCUCUUAAUAUUGAAAUAUCAUCAUUUCAACCAGCUAUAGUACUAAUACCUCCCCUCCUGAAAAUCCAAACAUCCUGGAUUAUUUUAAUUUUACUCAUUAAUUCUGUGUAAUCGCCGUGUUCAGCCGCUUUGGUUUAUUGUUUCAGUACAUAAUAACCUUAAUAUUCAACUUUGAACUGAUUUAAAGUUAACUCUAAUGACUUAAGUAGCUUUCUUCUUCAUAUCACUCACUUUCCCCUGUGUUUGGUGAUUAAACUUAAAGCACAUCAAAACCCCUUCAGAGCAGGAAAAAUCGACUUAAUCUCCUCCCAGUUAGACGGCUUUGACUGUUAAACAUAAUUAGCUCCAUCUGCUCUCAGUGUUUAAACAUCAACCAACAGCCUGCUCUUGACACAAACAAACUGGUGUUAAUGUCUCUCACGGCCUCUUUUGAACCGCAGCUGUUAUAAAUAUGUAAGAAACUUGAAAUUGAACUUUUACUUCACCUGAUUUAACUACUUUACUCCAGUUCGACUCUUGAUUCACACUGAAAAUUCACAUUAAGACUGAACUUUGAACCACUUACUGACCUUUAUUUUAGCUGCCGUCUCUUGCUUCAAUCAGUCCUUUAACGACUGCUUGAACUUUUGAGUUUUGGUCCUUCUAAAGACUUUUAUCUUUUCAGGAAAGUUAGGCAAAGUUAUUGUGUUCAUUUUGGCGCCCCCUGUGGCGAAAGUGGAACUUUUGAUCCCUUUUUAAAAUCUUGUCCUAAGAUUUAAGUCGUAAAUUUAUGGGAACAAAGUCAUUCCUAAGGAGAAUAAUAAAGUAAUUACGUACGAGAAUAAAGUCUCUAAAGUUUCUAACUUAACCAAAGCCUUUAACUACAACUUCUGUCCUAUAACAUUGAAACAAAUAAGCUUCAUAAGUGAACAAAUCCAUUCUCGUGAAAUUAAAGCUUUACUUUUUUUUUAAAUAGAAAGUUUAUUUCUUUAUUCCAAAGUUUAAAAAAAAAAAAUGCUGACUUAACUCAUGAACGUAUUUGUGAAUGUACAAGGUUAUCUUUUAUAAAGCUCUGAUAACUGUGAACAAUUUUAUUCUCUGAAAAUAAUUACUUUUUGGUAACAAAUGUUCAAGUUUAUUUUUGUGUAUUUCUGACUUAUACUUUGUUGAUUUCUACGUUUUGUAGAUUCACAACCGUCACCUUUUAAAUUGAGGACAGUUAUCUUCUUAAUUAAAUUUAAAACUUCAUUCUAAUUAAUUCAGGAGUUUGUUUUUUCUCAUUAAUUCUGAACUUUUUUUUUCUAUAAAAUGUUUUCUAAGGAUUUUAUUCUUAUAAAUUAAAAAAAAGUUCAAGUGAUACAAAGACUUCUUCUAAUAAUUAACUCUUUUUAUUAUCACUGGUUAUCUUUCAGACCCAAGAGGAACUUUUUAAACAUAUUAUAUCCUCAAUCAAUGUAAAAGAUUCAUCUCCAGUCUCUUUAAUGGAAAAGUUACAGACUGUCUUUUGUUGUAUUUUGACAAGCAGCUGAAACCAGCAAGAGUCUGAAUUUCGCUCAACUUCUCCUGACAGGUUCGGUCAUAAUCAGAAACACUUUCACUUCAUCCUCCCUCGCUGAUGAAACAUUGAACUGACACGUUAAGCUGUUGCGUCACUGAACUGUUGGUUCCCCCGCUCUUGUUUACUCGCCGCAGUCAUGAACAGAACAGUAACAAGCUUCUUCUUCUUCUUCUACUUGUACUUUUGUACCAGAACUGAACGCCUUCUUGUCACACGAUGUUUACAUCAGAGAACUUCUCAAAACAGAGCGGCCAAAAUUAGCAGCAAAUGUCACAGAUUGUUGCUUUUACAGUAAUUGAACGCUUUUGCGACUGGGAGCUAAUUCGAGGACACGAAGCGGCGGAAAAAGGGAGAUUAACUAAAAGGUCAGGCUCACCAGCUCAUUUCCUUUAACCCGCAUCCAUUCUGAAGCAGGUUACCCAUUUCGAGGCCUAUUACCGUCGCCUGAGGGGACGGGGUUGUAAAGCGGCACCGCAAGGCCACAAACCUCAUCUGAGUGUCCCUGAAUGGGCGUUCGGUGCGAGGAGGCAAGGGGGGGAACAGAAAAGGAGAGCACUUGACCCCCAUUGUCUGUGUUUGGUCAUAUUUCCCCGUAACAGUCACGCACCCAGGCCGAGCUCCACUCCCUCUUACGUUUCAGCGUGUCAAAGACAAAACAUCUCGCCGCAGGCACGCAGGAACACACACUUAGACAGAAUGUCAUCGCUACGCGGGUUCAUCACCUCCAUCAAGAAUGCAGCGGCUCAUCCUCUCAGGAAGGGAGUGAAAACAGCCUCCCACACAGCUCCGUUUCUUUUUUUCUCAUCGGGGCACAAUGAGACGUGCACGUCUUAGCCGCGCUCUUCCCUUGACAGUGAAGCUCUUCUGACAUUUAACCGCAGAAAAACAAAUUCCACUCAUGACUGCUUUUCCGAUAGAUGAAAUAAAAUCUGUAAAACUAUACCUGGAGUAAUCAGGGCGGAAAAAAAGAUAAAUAGGAGGAGGAGGUGAGCAGGAAUAGAAACGAUACGUCCUCGCCGACUCGCCUGUAAAUGAGGCCAUUUUGUUGCGAAUAAUGAUGCGGCUUUACACAGUUUACUGGCUAAUUUAAAAGGCGACCAUUCCUAUGUAUGACCCAGUAAGAAUCGAGUGGUUUUAUUCCCCUUGUCUGAGCUCGGGCUUUAAAGAAACGGCCCCACUAAACCGCUGUUACUUUUAUACGUCUGGGUCCAUUUAUGUGAGCACUCCCUGUCGUAUAAUUUCCCCCCGUGUUAGCAACACUCCAGCAGCUCCCUGCUCAGCCCCGCUCCUCCUCUUUGUCCCUCAUCUCUUUCCCUUUCCUCCAGAACAUACGGGCGACAGAGCUGCGGUGUGGAAAGUUGAUUAUAAAUAGACGAUGUGAGGGCUAAUGAUGGCGGAGAGAGGUCCUCCGUCCUCUGUCCAUCAGCUGUAGCCGGUGCGGCGCUUUGAUGCUGCCUGCUGCAUACUCUUACGCUCUGUAAGCCUAUAUCCCUCCAGAGAGCUCGCCCGGGAGGUCAACUAAUGGGACCACUGCCAUCCUCUCUCUCUUUGCAUGGGGAAAGCGUCAUCCUUUUUUCCCUCUCUCUUUCUUUCUCUUUUCCAGAGGACUUGGUUACAACAACUCCAGCCCUCGCAAUCCCAGAUGGGGCGACGAGCCGCAGCUCCAAGAGACGGGACGGGGGACGGGGAGGGGUGGAAGGAGAGUGAGUAACCAGGCUGCUACAUUCAGAGCCAACACAAACUGACUCACACCUUGGAAUCUUUCAAUUUGCCUGUAAUAAAUUGCAGUAGGAAGCAAUUGUCGCUGAUGUGCUGAGGGGGAUGAAAUUGAAAACCAUGCAGGGACAGUGGCUCGUUCUCAAACAGAACAGCGCUGCAGAGUCCUGCCUUUGA